AUGGAAUCGGGUGAUGAAUUUCAUACUAAUUGGAGUGGUUAUGCUACUGAAUUUAAAACUGCUAGACAGCCCAUAGAUAAUGAAGUACAGUUUUAUAGAUUUGGUGGUAGACCAUAUGUUCCUUAUACUCCUCUUGCUGGUAGUGGUGGAGAUAAAAAAGAUGACGAGAAGAAAGAGGAACCACUAAAACAAUAUAAUGAAUCUGAAUGGGAACCUAUGAAAGUAUAUGAUCCUCGUACUGGUAAGAUGAGAUUAUUAAAUACAUUACAAGAGUAUCUUGAUUAUCGACUUGAAAAUAAACUCGAUCAACAGGGUGUUAAUGAUGUUAUUAAUAAAUUACUUGAAGGUAGUCGUUAUAAAAUUGAAGAUGGUAAAUUGGUUGAAACUGGAGAAGAUAAAGUUGAAGCUGGUAAGUUAUUAUAUGACCCUUAUUUUAAUGUUAAUCCUAAUUGGAGUCAACGUAGAGAGAGAUAUGAUCAAUAUGUACCUAAUAUUGUUACUUAUGAUGAUUAUAAUGAAGAGAUUGAAAAGAAAAUUAAAUAUCUCAGACGGGAAAAUAAACAUAUUAAAGAACAAUUAAAGGCUGGAGGUCUUCAGCAUCAACAAAUUAAUCAAAUGGUUAGAGAAAAUCAGAGGCGUAUUGAUAUACUUGAAAAAGAAAACAUUGAUUUAAAGCGUAAUCAACAACAGUUUGUUACUAAGGAAGAUUUAAGAGCUUAUGAUAUAUUUCUUCGAAAACGUUUUGGUUAUUCCGAAAGAAUAUUAGAAGAAAUGACUACUAUACUUAAUGAUAUGAGACCAGUAGUUUCUCGUAUACCUGAAUUUGAGAAGUUACUUGGUCAAUAUGGUAAUGAUAUAAAUAAUGUUUAUGGAACACUUGGUAAAUUAAAUGAGGAGAUUGAGAAGAGUUACAAAGCAAUGAAUGCUCGUGAUCGUAUGUAUAAUGCUGGUUUGAAUGCUCUUUCUAAUGCAAUUUAUGUUUCUAAGAAUGAACAGCGUAUUAUGCAUACUCUUAUAAACGGUAUUAUUGCUGGUAUAAAUGAAAUGAAAGUUAAUCAACCUGAUUUAUACAAGUCCGAAUUUAAUAAUAUCAAUAACAUUUUGGAUAAGCUUAAUUUACGUAUUGAUCAAAGUAAUGAACGUAUUAGAGUAUUAGAAGGUGAAAAUAAAACAUAUGCUAGUGAUUUUGAUUAUUUGGAGAAGAAUUUUUCUCAGAUUGAUAGAAAAAUGAGUCAAGAAGUUUUUAAACAGGAAACUGAUCAAGUUACAUUUAGUAAAUGGAAACUUAUUAGCGAUAUAACAAAAUUAAUGGGUAAUAAAUUUUAUAUUAACGAAAAUCAAGUUGCUCAAUAUAUUAGAAGUAUUCCUGAUCCUGCUAUGCGUGCUGGAGCUAAACGACGUUUUGAUGCUAAGUUUGGUGCUAUUGCUAGUAAUAUUAGAAAAUAUAACGAAGGAAAGAUACGAGACAUGUCUGCUGCUAUUAAUUUGAUUGCUGAUAUACAAGAAGAAGUUGGAAAAGGUAAUGAAUUAGCUAAUAACGCUUUUAAUGUUUUAGGUGGUAAUAGACCUGGUAGAGGUGAUGAUGGAAAUGAUAAAGUUUCUGUUUUGAUUCCUGUUGCUACUCGUGUUCGUGAUGUUAAACUUGAAAGACCUUCUUUUGUUUUGGACCCUACUGUUAACGAGAAGUUAAAAAAGUUGAAUGAAGAAUUUCCCAGAAUUGUUAAAGAGUUUUCUAGAAAUCGUCCUCUUGAAUAUGGUCCUAAUCGUCAUUUCUUUGAUCAAGUAUUGAAAAGAGUAAGUGUUGCUAAAAAUAUAUUUGAGGAACACGAUUAUACAAUUCCUAUUAAUAGUGUUGCUGUUGGAAAUUUUAUUGAUAGUUUUACUGAUUUUAUAAAUAAAUUGAAUAAUAAUACUUACAACUUGAAUGACUUAUUACAGGCUUCUAAUAUUCUCGAUAAAGAUAUUGAUAAAUUGGGAAUUGAAUAUAAAACGAAUUCUGAAUUAGAUAGGCAGUUAAUAUAUAAUAAAGCGCUCCAAAUUAAUGAUACUACUCCCGAACGACUUGACAACGCUUUUAGAAAUACUGUUACGAGAAGAUAUAUUGAUGAAUAUUAUAGAGCUGAUAAACGAUUAUUGAAUAAUGAUCAGGUACAGGGUAUAGUUGCAAAUGCUGUUGUCGGAGGAGCUGCUGUACCAGUUGAUAAUAAUAUACAUAUUGCUGGAAAAGGAAAUAAGAAAUACGAUGUUAAGUUUAUGCGUGCUGAUGUUAAAAAAUCUUUCUUAAAGGGAAAGAGUGUUGAAGAAUUGAAACCUGGUAAUUAUCAAGUUAAACUUGGAAAGAAAUCUCCUGUUGAUCCUUAUAGUCUUACCGAUGCACAGAUAAUUGGUUUGGUUCAAGAACAGAUAGCUAAUGAACGUCUUGAAGAAGAUCGUCGUAAAAGGCUUGAAUAUUAUGAUACUCAUACUGUUAGUCAUAAAACUGUUGAUGGAAGUCCUUAUGAUCCUUCUCAGAGUAGUUCUAUAGAAAAUGUUAAGGAAAUUAAAAAAAAGAAAAAGAAAUUUAAUUAA